AUGUCAUCUUCUACAAUAGAACUCGUGGACAGCCAAAAUAGAGUGCUGGUGGAGAAACGACUUGUGCGCAAGAUAGAUACACGGCUCCUGCCUUUUUUAAGCUUUAUGUAUCUAUUUUCUUCGUUGGAUAGAUCAAGCUUAGGCAAUGCUGUAUUGGACAAUUUCGAGCAGGAUGUGGGCAUCACACCUGAUCAGUUCAACACUUGUGUUACUAUCUUCUAUGCGGGAUUCUUGAUUUUUCAAAUACCAAGUAAUAUUCUAUUGAAACGAUUCACGGCGAAAAAAUGGCUACCUUUAUUAAUGGUUUGCUGGGGUAGCAUGGCAUGCUUACAUGCUGCUGUCAAAAACUUUCAUCAGCUUAUGACCUUACGGUUCUUCUUGGGUUUUUUUGAAGCUGGUUUUUUUCCAGGCGUUGUCUACUUUUUAACAUUAUUCUACAAAAGGAAUGAAAUGGCCACCCGUAUUGCGUUAUUUUGGGGAUCAACUGUUGCUGCACAUGCUUAUGCGGGCGUUUUAGCCUAUGGUAUUCUACAGAUGAGAGGUUCUAGAGGCCUCACAGGUUGGCAAUGGCUCUUCUUGAUUGAAGGCAUUCCAACCGUCGUUGUUGCAGUGAUUGCAUUCUUCUAUCUACCAGCUUCUCCCUCUACCUGGUCCGCCUUGACGGAAGAAGAAAAAUAUGUAGCUUUGUCACGUUUGGAUGAAGAUGGAGUCCAUGAACAUAUUACAUUGGGCGAUUUGGACACAUCCAACAAGAAGCAAGCAUUGAAAGCCCUGACGGAUUGGAAAGUAUGGAUGUAUAUGAUCAUGUUCUUUUGUGGAUCUGUGCCGAAUACAAGUGUGUCCAACUUCCUGCCUUCCAUCGUAAAAGGCAUGGGUUAUGAUGAUAAGCUAUCUGCCAAUCUCAUGUCAGCUCCUCCUUACGUAGCAGCUGUAUUCGUGAUGAUUUUUGGAGCUUACUCAUCCGACCGCAGAAAAGAGCGUGCUUUUCAUGCCAUUGCUGGCGCGUCCAUAUGUCUGAUCGGCUAUAUCAUUUUAUCUGCUUCUACAGAGAGACCCGUACUUUAUGCUGGUGUUUGCAUCGCAGUUGCUGGGAUUUUCGUUAUCAACCCUAUUGUCAAUGCAUGGCUAACAGGCAAUAUCGCUCCUGACAUGAAAAAAGGUGUAGCUACUGCAAUGGCUGUCUCUGCCAAUAAUUCAGCCGGUUUAGUAGGCUCAAAUAUUUAUCGACACUCUGAUGCGCCCAGAUACUUACGCGGUCAUAUGAUUAACUUGGUAUUUAUCCUGCUUUUUAUCAUUUUGACUCUUGUUCAGAGGUUUCUCCUUCAACGAGCCAACAAGCGUAAAGAAGUGGAGAAACAAAAAGUAUUGAAUAAUGAAUUCAAUGAAGCUUCUGGAAACGAUACAAAGACUGGUGAUGAAUCCGUGGAUUUUGUAUAUAGACUUUGA